AUGAUUGCCUGCAGACGACUAAACAAUCAGGGAGAGGUCUCCGCAGCACAUUUCCAACCGCAUCCCCACCACCACCCCCUCGGCUCAAGAAUCAUCUCGCCGCGCUGCGUUCGUCCUCCCCCCGCACUCCGCGCUCUCUCCUCCCCCACCCGCGAGGCCCUCGCACAAAACUCCCCUCUCCGAUUUGUUUUAGCGGUAAUUAGGGUGCCACGGUGUGUGUGGCGGCGGGGGGAGGAGGGAGGAAGGAAGGGAAAAUGCCGCCGCCGCAGCCGCGGGGCUUCGGAUGAGACCGGCCAAAGAUUAAACGCCACGAUGCAGGACAGUGGGGUCGAGACUGCAAGCAAUGUGCUCUCAAGUCCAGUGGGAGCCAACGGAGGGGCCAGCGGGCAGCCAGACUCUGUGUGCAAGAGCCGGAUAAACGGGGAAACGGCGUCCGCCCUUGAUCUCACUGCAGCCGAACUACUGCACCUGCAGCAGCAACAGGUUCUUCAUGCUGCAGCAAGACAGUACCUCAUGCAGCAGCAGCAGCAGCACCAGCAGCACCAGCAGCAUCAGCAGCAUCAGCAGCACCAGCAUCAGCAGCAGCAUCAAGGAGGCGGUGUGAAGUCUCCAAAAUCAGACAAGCAGCCAUCGUUGCAGGUGCCCGUGUCAAUGGCCAUGAUGACGCCGCAAGUGAUCACCCCACAGCAGAUGCAGCAGCUGCUCCAGCAGCAGGUGCUGUCUCCGCAGCAGCUGCAAGCGCUCCUCCAGCAGCAGCAGAAUGUCAUGAUACAGCAGCAACUGCAGGAGUUUUACAAGAAGCAGCAGGAACAGCUACACCUGCAGCUUCUACAACAACAACAGCAGCAGCAGCAACAGCAGCAACAGCAGCAACAGCAGCAGCAGCAACAGCAGCACUCAAAUAAGCAACCCAAAGAGCACCAGCAGCAGCAGCCGCAGCCGGCUCAGCAUCAGCUAGCGGCGCAGCAGCUGGCUUUCCAGCAGCAGCUGCUACAGAUGCAGCAGCUGCAGCAGCAGCACCUGCUGAACCUGCAGCGGCAAGGCCUCAUGCAGCAGAGCCUUCCCCGGCCUGGGCUUCAGCAAGGCCUCAUCCCCGCGGAGCUCCAGCAGCUGUGGAAGGAGGCGGCGAUGGCGUCGCACAGCUCCGAGGAGCCACCCCCGCACCUGCCAGCGGCCAAGAACGGAGGCCUCGACCUCUCGCUGGGAGGGUCCAUCGGCUCGGUGACCUCCUCCGGCUCCUCCAUGUCGUCGUCCACCGUCUCCAAGACCUCCCCCAGCCUGCCCUUCCCGUCGCUCACCAACGGGCAGGCGGGCCCGGUGAGCCACUCUCAGCGGCGGGAGAGCGGCACACAGGACGAUCUGGGCAGCGGCAGCGGAGGCAGCAGCACCAGCAGCAGCAGCCACGCGCUCUUCGGGCAUGGCGUGUGCAAGUGGCCGGGCUGCGAGGCGGUCUGCGAAGAGUACGGACAGUUUUUGAAGCACCUCAACAACGAGCACGCUCUGGACGAUCGGAGCACGGCCCAGUGCCGGGUGCAGAUGCAAGUGGUGCAGCAGUUGGAGAUACAGCUGGAGAAGGAGCGAGAGAGGCUGCAGGCCAUGAUGGCCCACCUCCACAUGCGGCCCUCAGAACCCAGGACUCCCCUGCAGCCUCUGAACCUGGUGUCGAGCGCCACUCUGGCCAAGAGCACCCCCGAGUCUCCGUCCCAGGGCAUGCUGCCUCACCCGGCCAGCACCCCGACCGCCACGUCCGUCAUCACGGCGCUCCCGCCGGGCCCCCCCAUGCUGCACACGCCCGGCCUGCACGCCAUGGGCCCCAUUCGCCGGCGCCACUCGGACAAGUACAACCUGCCCGUGUCAUCAGCCACGCUGCAUGUGAUUGUCGCAACAGAGCUCGCACAGAACCAGGAGUUCUACCAGAAUGCCGAGGUCCGGCCGCCCUUCACGUACGCGUCCCUAAUCAGGCAGGCCAUCGUAGAAUCUCCGGACAAGCAGCUCACCCUCAAUGAGAUCUACAACUGGUUCACCCGGAGAUUUGCGUACUUCCGGCACAACGCCGCCACGUGGAAGAACGCCGUGCGCCACAACCUGAGCCUGCACAAGUGCUUCGUGCGAGUGGAGAACGUGAAGGGCGCCGUGUGGACCGUGGACGAGAUGGAGUUUCAGAAGCGACGGCCGCAGAAAAUGACCGGGAGCCCUUCACUCGUGAAAUCUAUGCAGACCGGACUGGGAUACGGAGCUGCGUUAAAUGCAAGUUUGCAGGCCUCCCAAUGCUGUGUCAGUCAUGGGGUUGUUGGACCAUACUUCACCAUGCUGGCGGCGCUGGCGGAGACGAACCUGCCCCUGCUGGGCGGGCUGGGGAACCCGGUGACGGCGGCGGCGCUCAUGGCGAGCCACGAGGAGCUCAACGGACUCCUGGAGCACGCCAGCAGCAACGGCAGCGGCAGCAGCGCCGGCCACUCGCCCCCGCACGCGCUUCUCAAUUGGACAGAGGUGGAGUCUCCCCAACCACGGGGACCUUGGGCUCCUAUGAGCCAUGCGCCUGCACACAGACAUCCCUUCCACGUGAAGAGGAGCCGCGUGGAGAUGGCCGACAACAACGUCCCCAUUUCUCUGAUGGCGUCGGCCCCGCACAGCCCCGAGCUGGAGGAUGACAAGGACACGGAGGAGGAGGAGCCGCUGAUGAACGAGCUGGAGUGAGAGGGGGGCCGCCGGCGCCGACUCGGCGACGGCGCGAGGGGGCACGCGUCCACGUCCGCCGGCUCGGAGAACGGCGGACGGGCGGAAGGGCGACGCGUCGCUCGUGCGUUCUCGCCCCCCCCCCCUUCCCCAGCGACGCGAUCCUCAAAAGUCCAACCGCCACCACCUCCACCGCCGCCCACGGCGCUUACUACGCAAGGUGGCGGCAGUGCUUGCUUUUCCGGACCGAAAAACGACGAGAACAACAAGAAGUCAGAAUACGUGACGUAUGAAAACAAGUGACAAACUGCCGUGAGCAGCGUACGCACCCUGCGCGCCGAUGAUGUCUUUUGUAAAGGAUCGGAUGGUCCCACGUGAACAUUGUGAGGUGGUUUGACAUCGCCGUGGUCACAACGGCGGUGGUGCAACAAUGGUGGCGACGGCAGCGACGGCGUGAAGAGCAUCUUCUUCUCGGUGAUGCUGCAUUCAAAACUCCACGAGACUGAAAUCUUCCAUUUUGCUUUGCGCCCCUGCGGACGGGAAGCCAGCAUCGAAGACAAACGCACGAACGGAGCGGGCGUUUAACCCAACCUGAGGAGGGUUUUAAUCAAAAACGACAUUUGCCAGUAUUAACUCGACGUGAAGUGUACAUUCUGCGGCCGUCUUGUUUACGGUCCAAAGGCAUCCGGCGUCAUCUCCUCGUUUUAACCACGGGCUGUAGCACUUACCGGAGCGCAACUCCCUCUCGCCGUGUUGGAAGCCGUACCGGCUGGGGGCCAACCUGCCGGCCGGUUAAACCGUGCCGCCAAUUUUACACGGAACUGGUCAAGCUGAAGUUGCUUCUCGAAAAGUUGACACCGACUCACGACGCACGCGUGGUGCGCGCAUUGACUAAACGUGCAGUUGUAGAAUACGGUUAUUAACGUUAUUUGUCGUUUUUACUUUUGCAUUUUCUUUACAAAAAAAAACACACACACUUUCGAAAAAACUAAAAAUUAAUUGUCGUGUAUAAAUGUUUUAACGUGCCAAGUUUGCGUUGGGGUAGGUGCAUUGCCCAGCUGGUGAAGUGUUGACAUCCUGGCUCUGGCUUGGUGUGUGUGUGGCACACUGCCAGUGAAACGUGUGGCUUCACAAUACACAGAGGAGCCACUCAAAUGAAUAUGAGGAGGAUGAGCGGUAGUGGCGACUGGGCAACUCAACUGUAACGCUACGCCGAAAAAGCCCUCUGCACAACCUGCGGUGUGUAGUCUGUCUGCAUAAUCCGAUCUCUUAAGUACCUCUUUACCUCUGUUCACCUCCGAUGUUAGAAAAAUACAAAAGUCCUCAUUUCUUUUGUUACCGGUGCAAACCAAAGGUUUACCGCGGCGUUCCAAAAUGCUCAAAAAACAAAAUGCUUUAUCUUACACCGUCUACCUGCCCUGUGAGUGGCACGUCUACCAAAUUGCUUCACGGACGUCUCUGUAGGAUUGCAGAGAGAGAGAGAGGGGGGGAGUGAGGGGGGGGGGCUCUUGGCCACCUUUGACACUGACCCCGCCACGACAAGACACGACAGAGAAACACGAGGAUUGGUGUCCAGCGACCGCGCGUUUGCUGAUGUGCUCGCCGGAGUGUGUCGCCCGCUUCUGGGACGGACGGCGCUGAGAAGAAUACGCACGUCGCGUAGCAGAGCGAAACGAAACAAACACACGAGACUCGGUCUUGCGGGGAUUUACCGCGCGGUGGCAAACGUCGCGUUCGAAAUGUCGAAAGCGCUCAACGAUCCCUCAAGCGUGUUUCUCUCUCGCCGCCUGUGCACUGCCAUCGUCUUCGUCUCCUUGAUCACCCUACAAGAGGGAUUUGAAAACUGAUUUUUUGUUUCCGUUAAAAAAUAUCGCAAGGUGUGAGGAAUUUCACGGAGCAAGGUGGCAUGAUCAUAAAGGAGAGAAAGAUGAAUUGGCAAUGCUAAAAUAAUUUCUUGUUUUUUUUUAGCUAAGUUUGAACCCAACGGGAAAGGAGAUAGAGUUAAGUGGAGGAUGGUCUUAUUAAAUAAUAAUAUAAAUACAGGUAUACAUUUUGUCACUGGUAUGUCAAA